CGUCAUGCGACUUCCAUGCCCCCCCAUCCGCGAGCGGGUGAUACUCCACCCUCGUUUUCUCUCCCCAACCUUCAUUAGCAGUGAUAAUAGGCCUUGUAGUUCUGCACUGUGCUUCGCAGGAUGGGAGACAUAGAGACAAGAACAUUUUCUAAGGACUACAGUGGUCUCAUCGACCAGAGCAUCAUUGCAAUUGGUCUGACGGUAAUAUGUGUUGCCUCCUAUGAAGUGCUUUACAGACGAAGACGUGGGUUUCAUCCUCCCGAUGGGCUCGGCAGCGUGGAGUCUUGGCAGUUUGGAUACUUAUACCAAGGAAGAUCAUGGGCUAGGAAUCCAUCUCCCCCAAUACCCCAAGGGUUACCGCUAUCAUGGGUGAAAGAGGCAGUUAAACUCCCACAAGCAAGAUUGAAUGAGCUGAGAGGAGUGGACGCGGCUCUCUACGUUCGCUUCCUUCAAGGGUGCUUGUACUUCACCCUCUUGCACACGUUCACGACCGUGCCCAUUUUACUACCAAUCCACAUCCAUUUCUCACCGGAUGACGUGGGCACCGACUCUAUGACACGUGCAUCGAUUGCUUCAUUAGUGCUAACAGCAGAAGGCUUAGAACUUCUUUGGAUCCAUGUUUGCCUCCUAUUCUGGCUCACUCUCACUUGGAUAGCAACUCUCGUCUACAUUUGCAAUGGCGCAUUCAAAUUUCGGGUUGCCAAUAUUGAAAAGGCUGCACAUGUUGCGGAAUCCGGUGCUGCCGCAGAGAGGGAUGCGCAAUAUCAUCCCCAUCCGCGCCCUCAGUUUCCAUUCCAGGAUAUACCCUCGUACGAUGCGAAUUCUAACCGUGGCUUACGCCUGCGUACCGUCAUGGUCUCGAAUGUACCCGUGGAAUUACGGUCUGAACAACGCUUGAAAGAGUACUUUGAAUAUUACAUGUCGCGGCCAAUCGACCUGCCAACCGUCGGGAUAACAUCUUCCGCGCAGCCGGGAAUGGUGGACAAGAUUUUAGCAUUCGGUUUCAAUCGGGCAAGGCGGAUACCCAAGCGAAUCCGUUUACCUCAAGUCAGGUCGGGCGGCGGGGAGACAGAACGAGGAUCUGACGAAGCACAAUCGGAUAAUGGAGUUUCAAGAGAUAUCCCCGUUAUUGAACGUGUGGUCCUAGCGAGAAACAUGACAGAACUCGCCUCCCUCCUUGAGAGGCGCGAAGGCAUUCUAUGUGCUCUCGAGGAGGCCCAUAUCAAACUCGCUAAGAGAAUGUUGGUGGCUGUCGCUCGCGAAGUGGAAAGGCGAAAACUCGCGAAUCGUGACAGUACUGACAAUGCUGUGGUUAAUGUUGAUCUUGGAAGCAAGCAAGCGGACCUUGAAGGACAGGUACCGGUGAAGGAUGACAUGACAACAGAAAACAUGGACCUCCUCAUCGGAGCCCUCUCACCAUUCGUUGUUGAGUUUGGCGUUGCGGAAUCCUCCGCCCGCAAGUUUUCCAAGAAGUCCAAAGAUACCGUUCGGUUUUGGAGAAGAGCCAAGGCUCACGGAGCGGAUAGCAGUCUGGUGGUGGCUACCGGUGUCUUAAAUGAGUCACGUACUGCCGACGACCACCACAACACAGUGUGGGACGCCUUACUCAGUCUUCCACGCAGUGUCCUUGAUCCCUAUCAACCUCUUAUUCAUCUAUCGGUACUGUUUCGCGGGAAGACAGUACCAACCAUCGACUACUAUACAGCCAAGCUGAAACUUUCAACGAUGCUCAUUACGCAAAACAGAGCGAAAGCAGCCGAUGAGUACGACCCGGUCUCUACAGCAUUCGUUACCUUCAGGGAUGCGAAAGACGCGAAGAAGGCAUGUAGGUAUCUAGCCGUUCACCCCGACAACCCCCUGGCUUGCCUUGUUACUAUGGCCCCUCAAUACGAGGACAUUGAGUGGAGAAGAGUAAUGAAAGCGACGUUUCGUGGAGAGUUAGUUAAAGACUGGGUAGUCAGCCUUGGUGUCUGGGCCUUCACAAUAUUUUGGCUUUUUCCAAUAUCCCUUUUUGUCGGUUUGGUAUCUAUCCAAAGCAUCGCCAGCUUUUGGCCAAGUCUAUAUAAUUAUCUGUCGCACCAUCCAUGGCAAGAAGAUGUUAUCCAAUCUUUUCUCCCCACCAUCUUGAUCUCCCUCUUGGCAAUCUUAAUUCCGCUUAUUUUGCGUUUAAUUGCCAGGAAAGGCUACACAAUCACAACCCUUUCCCUCAUCGAUGACACGAUCAUGAUACGCUACUACAAGUUCCUUAUUGUUAACGUCCUCGUAUUCUUUUGUGUUGGUGUGGCGGUCUUGCAGAGCUUUUUGACUUCAUUCAACAACUUUUCGGAGAGUAACAUCCUCCAGACAUUGGCCGACAGCUUCCCGAGUGCCGGUCCAUUUUACGUUGGAUGGUUGAUAUUUACGACUGCUAUCCAUGGUUCCCUGGAGCUAAUAUUGUUUGGCCUGCCGCUCUUCGCCUACCCUUCAACUAGGAGGCAGAUAACUCCCCGCAAGCGUGCAAAUGGAAUACGACCUCGCACAUUUGAUUACUACUACUGGUUACCUAACCACUUGCUUAUCAUUCACGUCUGUCUGCUUUUCGCAAUACUUAACCCUUUGGUUGUACCAUUUGGCUUGAUAUACUUCGUAGUCGAGACGGCGGUCAUCAAGAAUCAGUUCAUUCACGUGUACGCAAAGAACUACGAAUGUAAUGGUCGAAUUCUAUUAAUAAGAAUGGUUCGCUAUUCUCUCGAUGGUCUAAUGUUCUCCCAGUUCGUUUUCCUCGCAUACAUGGCUGUCUUGAAGAAAACCGUCAAUUUAGCGCUUGCAGCUGUUUUGUUCAUCAUCACACUUGCAGUAAAGCUCGUUAUGACUCGCAUGUGUCGCUCUCGCUUCGAGCAAGAUGACAUCAUGGAGGCUAAGGCAGUUUGCGGUGCUGGUAAUGCAAAUGAGUCUGACCAUCCAGAGACUCCUGGCGCAACCAACCAGCUGAUCGAAUCUUCCGGGAGUAAAGAGGAUGAGCAUAUCACAAGAUCACACACUUCCAUAUUUCGUACCUGGCGCUUGCCGCAGUGGAUAAACUUCUCGUACGCAGCUGGCCCUCGGUUUAACCGUCCUCUCAGGAGCCGUCCGCCGAUUCCCUUUCGAAACAGGGAACGAUCUUUUUCUCGACUUAGCCCGGUCAACGAGAGCAAUCAGGGAGAACAAAUGGACGACGCUCGUGGGCCAUUGGCUUUGGAAAGGACUUCUGGCUCGACAUCCUUGGUCCAGAGGCAUCCUCCACAUCCAAUAUGGGACGACGGACCUCGGUAUGACAUCCCUUACGAUAAUCCAUAUUAUAGCAGGCCCAUCACUAGUGCUCUGUGGUUACCGAGGAAUCCCCUCGGAAUACUUGACCUGGACGACACGGUAGACCUUCAACAAUCGCUGACCAGCGAGCUUGGUGCAGGUGAUCUUGGGUUCAGCCAGUCGUACUCCCUCAGUGAUGCCGCUAUGACACCAAUAUAUGAAUCACCAACCAGGAGUCCUGAUAUCGAACGCGGCUCCAGUUUCCCCGUCACACCUAAGCAGUACUCUGGAGAGGAGGAAAUCGACCUACCUGACGGGAUCCGAGAUAGAGUGUCGGACAAACACGAAGAAAUUGACUCGGCCGAUGGGCACCGCCCAUCCCUCUUCCGUCAAAGGAUGUCUAGCAACAAUACAAGUGCAAAGAGCAGUACCCAGCGCGCUCCUCGUCGCCAUCACACUAUGGACGCUCAAGCCGUUCCGCCCACACCGUCGUCUGAACGACGGGAGGGAUUGUCUCGACCCAGGGCAAUGUCACACUGUCAGAUUCAUCCACAAGAUACUCAGUUCCAUUUCCCUGCAUCGCGUCCCGACUUCCACGCACAAGCAGAGUUGAUCCGCUCUACAGCGUCUAUUGUUCCUCGAGCCUCGCGGACUUCUGUCGCCGAGAACGUCACUACGGGGGAGGCAGUGCUCAACGAGGCUAUCGCUGAAGAGAAAAUAGCCGCGGAGCAACGGAUUAAGGAAGAAGAGGCUGCUGCCGCCCAACAUCAUAGACGCUUAGCUCCCGCAUGGCUUGCCUCAUGGUUUUAUGCAAAAGUUAUCACUCGCUAAUGAUAUUACAACUAUUUUAUACCGACCGGGCUUGCCACACGCAGAUUACAGCUCUUAAAUUCUGCAUCACCAUUUUUGACGUUUGUAGCAAAGGGGGGCUAGGCGAUAUAGGAUUGGCAGAGAUUGGAGUCACUGGACAGCACGGAUGAU